AUGCACGCCUCAACUUCAAAUACCAAGUUGAGCAUGCAAGCACUAAAGCAGCAGCUGUCGGAGGGGGCAUUAUCCCGUCUCAUGCCAAACGUAGGUGGGCCAAAACCGAGACGACGAGCCCUGCUAGCGUCAGUAGUUACAUCUAUACUGACCUAUGGCAUUGCCAUCUGGGCAAGUGCACUAAAACUGCAGGAGUGCCAGAGGAUGAUAUAUCCUGUAGGCCGACAAAUGGCACUGAGAGUUACGAGUGCGUUCAGAACCGUCUCCAGGGAUGCAGCACACGUAAUCUCGGGAAUACUGCCAAUUGAGAUUCUAGCAGAGGAAUACAGGAGCUUUAUACCAGUGUAG